UGCGUGACGCGUCCAGGCAUUUAAUCUGACAGAUUUUGCUCCGAGAUGAGCGCUGCCUAACUUGGCUCUUUUCGGGCCUGUUAGCCUAGCUGAACUAAAUUAAAAUUGUGAAUAUUUCGGCAAUAAAGAAUGUCUCUCAACCGGUGCUUUCUUAAGAUUGUAUUAUUAGUUGUUUGUAUGCCGUAAGCAAUCUGUGAUAAAGGUGCAAUCUUUCCAGGGUAGCAACUUCGUUGAAUUCCUUUCCGAGCUGAUAUCCAAAGAUCGUGUAUGACAUUAUCUUGCCUUCAAUGAAGCUAAUGCUCAUCAACUCAUUUGAAAGAAUCGUUUCAUGGAAUUCACUGCCUUUCAUGUGAGCGCAAUCUCCUUAUCUCACUAUUUAUGAUCUACAUACCAGUAUAACCUUACAACCUGACAAGAUCUCAUACCAUUCAUUGUUGUCUGAUAUGUACUCAACCAUUUGUUAUCUUCAAACUUUGUGUGCCACUUAGUCAUUUUGUUGCCAGUUGUUAUAAAUGUGCUAUUAUUGUCAUUGUUAAAGGUUGUUUCCUGUAAGCCAAUGAGAACAAUAUCAAACUUGAAGCCAAAUCAAACAGAACAAGAAACAACAAUCCACCAGAAAGCCAGUAACCACACUAGCUACUGCUUCUGCUGCCAAAGCCAAAGUUCAAAUAAUCCAAAAUUAGAGAAUGUCAAAAAGUUGGAGCCAGUGUUAGUUCAGGAAUUUAGGAGAGAAAUAGGGUUGUGAUUUAAACGUUCCAAAGUUCUUUAAACCACUACAGUGUUCAUCUGUUGGUGUUUAUGCUCUUCACUAGGGAAUGACAGUGACAUUCUAGUGUGGAAAACUUAGUCUGUGAUAUUUUUUGACGCUCAAACUUGAGUCCAACAAAGCAAGUGCCAUGUCGACUCAAGGUGCUUCCAGUCUUUGGGGUGGUUCAUCCUCCCUUAGUGGACUAGACUCAAACUGGGGUAUAGGGACCCCAUUUUCCUCAGGUGCCAAUAAUAUGAAUCUUUUAGGAUAUGGAGGCAAUAGUAGUCUUUCGAAUAAUCAAGGACAUAUGCAAUCUGGUGCAGGUACUCUCGGUGAUUCCAGUCAAGGAAUUGGAAGUUACAAAGGAGGUUGGGGUGCACCAGGGACUUUACCCCCCUCUCAGUCUACAAAUAAACCUGCAAGUUCAAGCGGGAAUAUGCAAGGAUCAUUGCCAGUAAGUGGUGCUCAACCUAAUGGACCUCAGUCAAGUCAGCCGAGCGGUUCGUUCACCACAUCGUCACCGGGGCCUAAUACACCAUCCUCACAGGGUAACAGUGCAUUUGGAAAUGUGGGCUUUCAGAAAAUCUCCACCGGAAAUGCUUCAUCUGGUCUCGCUAUCAAUCCAGCCACAAGUAUUAUGAACAGUGCUAAUAAUGGAAGCAGUGCUCAAAGUUCUGACAAUCUUGGAUCCAGUGGGUGGGGUGUACCAAGUACAACACAAGAUUCCAGGUUAUCGGGAACAAGUAGUUGGGGAAAUUCAAGUGGUGCUGAUUGGGAUCAAUCAUCCAAUAGUUCUGUGUCUCAGAGUCAGUCUCAACUCCCUGCGUCUUCUGGCUCACAGUUCCAGAGCUCGGCUCCCGGUGCACCAGCUGGGCAGGACCCACAACGUCCAAGUUCUUGGGCUCAGGCAGCUGGUAAGGGUUUAAAUCUGCAGGCAAGUAACACAAACCAGCAGAACAGCAUGUCUCAAGAAGAAGCACAACGACAGGCUAUGAUUAGAUCAGCUAUCGAGAGUCACGAAGGUUGGGGUAAAAAACCAAUACGACAGGAUACUCAGUGGAGCAUUGAAACCUCACCAAAGGUUCAACGCAAAAUAUCCACCGCUUCAGUGGUGCCUGAUCAACAAAAGGGAACAAACAAUAUGUGGAAUAACAAUAAUGGUACAGCAAUAUGGGAGGCAAAUAAGGACAACAUGUCAGCUUGGGGAGGCAACCAAGCAGUACAAGCACGGGCUCCAGGUCAGCCACCAAGCAAUUGGCCUGGCGCUCAGCAUAAACCACCCGAUCCUGCUGGAGGAGCACAGUGGGGUGUUAGCGGACAGGGUCAAGCCCCAGGACCAGAUAAGGGCAUGGGUCCUUGGGGAGCCCCUGGAAACCAAUCAAAUAAUAACACUAAUUGGGGUGGUAGUACAGAAACCGGCUCCUGGGUUGGAAAUUUCGGCAGUUCAACUCCAGGAGCUAGUGGAGGAAUAUCAACCUGGGGUGAUGCUGAUGGAACCUCAAGUUGGGGUGAAGGAAGAAACUCCAGUAGCAAUGAUGGCACCUCAUACUGGGGUGAUCCAUCUGUGAAACCACCUGUUCAGCAACCAAACUGGAAUGCCCCAGGCAGCGGGCAACAGGCAAUAGGGCAAAGUAGAAAGGUAGGAUCUGGUUGGGGAGAUCCAAUGGGACCACCUGAUCCAAAAAUAGAUGAUGGCACUGGUUUGUGGUCCAGUAAUCCACCACAGAUGCCAGGCAGGCCAGCAGGAUGGGGUGGAGAUGCUGGAAAUCCACAAUGGAACCCAGGGGCCAUUGGAAAACCAAAUCCAAAACUUGUGAACCAGAACCCAGCUCAAUACGGAGGAGUGGAUGAACUCAACUGGAAUCUACCAAAGGAAGAUGUUUGGAGUGAGGAAAGCAUGGGUGGCUGGGAUGAUGCUGAUAUGGGCACUUGGAACGAUACUGCCCAACAAACCAAUUCCUCCUGGAACAGUGCAACUGGGUGGAAUAGAGAAAAAAGAAAUAGUAUUAAGGAUGGUGCCAUAAAGUUCCCAGGCACCACUGGUGGUAACCACCAUCCACAGAUGAGGAGCAGAUGUCUUCAGCAGCUCAUGGAUAUGGGCUUCAAGAAAGACGAAGCUCAGCAUGCCCUCAUAAACAACAACAUGAAUAUACAGAAUGCCAUAUCCGAUUUGUACAAUCGUCGUGGUGCUAUAACCAGUAAGAAGGAUGAGUUGGAGAUGGCACGAAUGUCCGGGUUUCCAGACGGCAGUGUCACGGACGACAUAUCAGAUACUCAAUCAGACAGCAAUUCAUUUGUGCCUAAUAUGAAUCCCAUGCAAAAUACUCCAUAUACGAAUGCUCAAACGAAGAUGCGGAGUCAGUUUCCUUUUAACAACGGACCUAGUCUCACCCAGUCUAGUCUUGGUUCAAGUAACUCCAGUAUUAACAAUGCUUUACAGCAGAAGAUCAUAGAGAAGUUCCAAAGUCAGCAGCCGCCCCCACCAUCGAUGAAUUCCAUUAAUCAAGCUCAGGGUCCCAUGGGGCGCGGCCAGCUGCCUGCAGGACAACAGAAUCCCGCCGUCCACCAACAGAUGGCCCAGCAGCAGAUACUCCAGCAGUUGAGAAUGGCAGUUCAAGCCGGUCUCAUUAGUCCCCAGUUGUUGAAUCAGCAGUUACCGGCACCAGUCCUAGUCAUGUUACAGCAGUUACUGCAGCAGCAGCAGAAUCUUCAGCAACUUAUCACUACACAACAGAUGCUGCAACAACCAAAGGUGAACAUGAAUCCCCAUGUGCAGCGACAACAGCUGGAAUCCGUGGCCAGCAGAAUUAACCAGAUCAAACAGCAGAUAUUAAUGCUACAGAAGAACAUCUCACAAGCUCAAACCACGCUGCUGAACAAAACACAGUCCCAACAGCAACCGCAGCAACAACAACAGCAUCAGCAGACUCCCUCAGAUGGUUCCGAAUCUGCUCUCCAGAAUGAGUUGAACAAUUUAAGCAUAUCGUCAUCACAGCCACAGUCAAGGCUCAACCAGUGGAAACGUCCCACCCCGGACAAAGAAUCUCCCGAAACCACUCCAGCCACCAGCAACGAGACACCAACAACAAGUGCAACACCCACCACAAGCAGCAACUCUGAGAGUGGAGAACCACUCAAUAAAACCGUGGGAUCAAAAAAUAUCCAGCAGUCUAACUCUACACCAAACCUGAGGAGAUUUGAUGAACUUGGUCUUACACAACUCGGAGGUGAUACUACCUGGUCCACUAGUGCAAGUUCAGCCUCCCAGAACUGGCCAAACUCUAAUUCACCCAUUACAUCUGGCAGCUCUGGUGAGGGAGGACAGCCAGAUAAAGAAUCUCAGACUACAACAGUAUCGAGCUCAUCUGGGAACAGUUCAGUGCUUGAUUCCAUGACUUCCAUUCCAGAAUUUGUCCCCGGUAAACCAUGGCAAGGAAUUCCCAAGAAUGUUGAAGAUGACCCACACAUAACACCAGGAAGCUUUUCGCGCUCUCUGAGUGUUAAUACAAUUAAAGACGAUUACCUACUCACUCUCACCAAAUCAAGCCCUACAAACGACAGCAACUCUUCAUGGCCAUCGAAGCCACCAAGUGGUACAACUACCCAGAAUAUGAACAAACCAUGGAGUGCUGGAGAGAGUCUAACCCCAACCAGUUUUACAUCGGAUGUUUGGGGCAUACCAAAGGGCGCAAUGUCUCGACCACCACCUGGUCUCCCCCAGCAGAACAAAGGAGGAUGGACUGGUAUGAAUAGACAGCAGUCUUGGGCCGGCAGCACUGCCAGAUCAGAUGGAGGUAGUAACUGGGGCGGAUCAGCUAUAUCCACUGCACUGCUGCUGAAGAAUCUUACACCUCAGAUUGAUGGGUCUACUCUGCGAACACUGUGUAUGCAGCAUGGUCCCCUACAGUAUUUCUACUUGAACCUGGCUCAUGGUCAAGCUCUCGUCAAAUACAGGAGCACUGAGGAAGCUGUGAAAGCUCAGAAAUCUCUGAACACAUGUCUGCUGGGUAACACAACAAUUGUUGCUGAAUUUGUCUCCGAAGUCGAGGCUUUACGAUUUGUAGAGCAACAGAGUGCCAUGUCUGCCGGCCCUAGUCAGUGGUCCCAGAUGGGACAGCCACGUCAGUCCACUGCCAUUGGCAACCAGCGUCAAGAAAUGAGCAUGAGCUGGGGUGUAAACCCUCCCACAUCUAUGUCUGGUACAGGAAUGUGGGGAAACAGCAGCGGGGGAACCAGUGGAGGACUGUGGGAUAAUAUUGAGGAUAACUCAGCACACAACCUACUGGGCAAUAUGUUAGGUGAAAAUAUGUAACUUAUUGUUUGUUGUUUGUAUUAGAUGCUUGUUUUAUGUUAAUGACUAUUUAAAUAACUAUAUCAUAGUGUUGUAAUUUGUUUCCUUAAUGCAUAUUAUUGAUCUCUUGUAUGCGGGUUAGUUAUGUUUGACAGUUGUGGGAUCACUUGCUCUAAUUGUGUUCUCUUUACUGGUGGCCAUGGCAACAGACACAUAUCACAUGAUGCAAAUAUGUUGGUGCUCGUUGCUUCGAAGAAGUACAGCACAUAUUUUUAUUUUUAUACUUCGGAGGAAGUAUUGAUGUCUUUCAGAUUUUUUCCAUUCGUCUUGUCAGAUAUGAUGUCUGCUAAGCCACGCCGUAAACCAGUCCCCCCGACCUUAGAUGGUUUCAAGUCAUUAUUUGAAUUUCUGAGAUAUCAUUGUGCAACCUCAAUUGAAUUGACAAUAUAUCAUGAUAAAAUUAUGAUUGUUCUUUUAUGAAAUAUUUAUAUCAUGUUCAUGACGACAAAAAAAAUAUAUAUAAAAAAAAUACAAAAAAAAAAUCACAUCCCCCAAAAAAUCACAAAAAUUAUAAAGAGAUAUAUAUGUCAUUUUUAUUGCUAUAUUAUUUGUAUAUGUACAAGAAGAAGUGCAAAUUUUAUUAUCAACUUGUAUAAUUCCUAAUUGUUUGUAUUAUUUGUAAAAUAUUUGUUUAUUUUUCACUGUGUGGAAUUGUUGCUUGUUUGACGGACAAGCGAACUUCCUGUGAUAAUUUAAGGCCAUAUUGCUAUCUUAAACUGUAAGAUUUUACGUGCUACAUGUUGACACAUUCUUGUAUCUCGGUAUAAUUUUUAAGGAAAAGAGUAUAAAAGGAGGCUGCCUACCUGUAUGCAUUACUGGGUGUAGACAAUUUUUCCUUUUGUAUCUUACUGGAAUCUUGGUAACCAUAUUGAUAAUGGAGGUAACCUUUUACGCCAUAUCUUUAUACUACUCUUAUUUAUAGUUUAUACCUGUUAAAUGUCACUUUCAUACCGUUUAUUAUUUUUUCAUGUAAUAACAUGUUCUUAAGCUAGUUUCUUUUUCGGUGAAUGCCGUUGUAUUUCUAUAUGCUUGUCCCAGUUGAAUCAAUACCGAGAUUCACUCCAGUGCAAUAUGGCUAUUGGGAAAUCUGUUCUCUGUUCUUCGAUUUGUUCGUAACAGUUUAGGAUGAUCAUGUGUUUUGAAAUGUUUUUGAAAUAUAAGUAGUAACACCAAAAAAAAAGCCCCUAAAAUACCGAAAAAAGAUUACUAGUUAUAUUUCAAUUAUAACAUAUCCUUGUGGCAAGUUUCAGCAAUUAAAAAAAAAUCUGCAAAAAAAAAAUGCUUGAAAAAUGUUGCUGUUCUUGUCUUUAGGAGUAUGUGUUAGUGAUAUUUUACCAACAUUCUCAUCUUUAUAAAUAGAUCUUGUUGUCCAAAUUGUUCUGUAUGAAACUGGAACCAAAAAAAUGCAAAAAAAAAAAAAAACCCAUAAAUAUCCAGUUGUGUACAGAACUUUUUAAAAUUCAUAAAUUUUAUUUAGAGAGUUAAAAACAAGUAUUUUUCAUGCUUUUUUUUUUUUUCUGAGAAAAAAUCUUUAAGAAUGAUGAUUAUAUGUUAUUGCAUGAAAUGUUUUAUAUGUGAAAUUGUGUUUUAACACCGGUUGAAAUUAUCCAAAGAUAACUGGAAAAAAAAUGAGUAAUGCCCACAAAUUCAGUGUUUGGCGGUAAUUGUCCAGACAGAUGUAUUUAAUGUCUGUAUUUUUAAAUGGUUUUUGCUCAGGCUUUAAUGAGGCACUAGUCUGUUCUUGAUAGUUAUGUUUGUGUUGAUCAUUUGUCUUUCCAUGUGAUUGGUACGGUACUACAAACCUGUUCAGUGCUAUUUUUAGAAAGGAUAAGAGGGCCACCAGUUAGUUCCAAAUAAACAGUACUUUGUUGCAAAAAGUACUGCUCACUUUAUAUAUUUGCUAAACUAUUACAUUGAUUUAAAAUUAACUUGCUCCAUUUAUUACUAUUAUGUCUCAUACUUUUAUGUUAUAUGUAAACUUUAAUAUAUGUAUAUUAUGUUCAAUGUUCCAUUUCUUUUUCCAAGUCAGAUGUUAUUGUGUUAUUGCUCUAUUACUGCUGUGUGUACUUUUUUUUUGUCACCUACCUAGAUUAAGUAUCAAAUACUAAACCGGCCAUGUUGUUGUUAAAGAACUACUUAUUUCAUGACUGUAUACCUGUGCUUCGGGGCACAAGACUGUACGUAAUGGCGAUAAAAUUCCAUAUUGUGUAUGUCGGAGAUAUGGCAUUAUAUCAAAACUUUAGCUGCGUGUAUCUGUGUUCAAUUAAGGUGUUGGAGAGAAAAGCCUUGUAGUUUUUUUGUAAAUAGUAACUUAAGUAUUGAAUCAUAAUAUAUUCUAGUUUUAUGUCACAGAACAGUAUAGCUGGCAGAGAAAUAUUUUUACUUGGCAACAAAAGUUCAAAUUUCCUAGUUCUAAUAAGCAGCACGAAAUCUUUCAUAAUUUUCCUUUAUGAUAAAGUCACUGUAGCAGACAUGAUUGUUACUGUGGCAAAUCCGAUUUAUAUAAUAAAGGGCAUGCAUUUUGGAGAUCUAAACAUACAAGGCAUAAAUACUGUAUCCAAAUAAUUAGUAAAUCACAUAGCUAGGUAUUUAUCAACCAUGUAUUUACUUUUCAUGUGAAAUUUAUGUGAUAUGUAGAUAAAAUUGUACAUUGUUGUCUUGAAGAAGUCACUGAGAAAUACUGUUUGCAUAUUGACUUGUCAGACUGAAUUGUAUGAUUGUUUGAUUAGUAUAAACUGGUGCAAGGUUGACUUUAGAGACAUAAAUGCAUUUGUUUUAAAUACACAUUAUUUAAUUUUCUUACAGUGCCAUUUAAGUUCUGCUUUCAAAAGUUGUAUUUGGGCAGUGAAAUAUAAGACAGAAACAUAUUACAGAUUGGAAUGGCAAGUAUAUGAAAAGUAGUCAACCCCACACAAUUUCGACUGUUUGUAAUGUAAGCAGAUCAGUAGAUCAUGGAUCAACAGGAUUUCUUUCUCAUACCUCGAAGGAAAAUUUUAACAAUUUUUUGUAAAGUUUGAGUUCUAUGCUUCAUUGUCCGAAUACAUUUAGAUAUUUAUACAUAAAGAAAACUGCAUUACAUGAACCUGAAAAUUUUACCAAAAGUUUUUAUGAGCAGUAAAACUACAAAAAUAAAACAGGGUUAAGAAAUGCGAUUUAGUGCUGCCAGAAUACUCAUAUCAGGUAUUAGUGUCUUCAUGCAUUAGUCAAAACUGUGCAUAAUUGCAAUGAUUACAUCAGAAUUUUUACAUUGGAUAGUUAUAAUGUUGUAUUGUCAUGUUUAUGAUUCCUUACUAAGUAUUACUGAUUUGUUAAUAUUGGAAAUUUGUUUCCAAAUUCGGUUUUUGAAGUGCUAACAGAUGAACUUGUAUUUAACCUUUGGAGAGAUUUUUAAAAAUGCCAGAUAUUCAUGUGCUUGUGUCUUAAAAGUAUGUUCAGGUUCUUUUUUUUUUUUUUUUUGCUUGAGAAGUGUGAGUAGACUGCUAUUGUUCCAUACAUGUACUCCUACAUUGGAGAUCAAGUUCUGCAAUAAAUAUUUUCCGGUACAGUGUAAAUUUGAAAUUAUGCUUGAAAAUCGAAGCCGAAUGCCAAAACUAACAAAACCUCAAAAGAUCUGAUAUAUUUGAUAAAACAGCUGUUUAUACCUUAGAAAAAAUAUGAAUAUUGUUUUUUUUUUAUAUAAUUCUCGAGGUUAGGAGAACACAAUUAUAAAUGCUAGUCCUCUUUUUCUGUUAUAUGUGCUAUAUUGACUGUUUAGAAUUUGUAUUAAUGAGCGUUUAAGCUGUACAUCAAAACAUGGGCCUUACAUUGUACACAAACCUUUUAAACCAUAUGUUGCUCUCGACUUUGUGAGCCAUAAAAAAUGUGUGCAUCAAAAAAACAUAGGCCUUAAGUUACACAAAUUACUUAAACCAGAGAUUUCAUCAGUUAUAAACAUGACCCCAUCUUUAUAUUUAUGCCAUAAGUUUUUCUUUUUCAUUCUCUUUUCACACCAUCUAGCCAAAGCUGAAUAAUUCAUGCUAUUUAUAAUUCCAUUUUUUUUUGAAUAUAUGUCAAAUGAUAAUUUGUGAUAUUUGUUGUUUAAUGAUUAUCAAACUUUUGGUGCUCAGAAAUAUGUAAAUUUCUGGCAUGAUCCAUGCAAUAUUGCGAUACCAGACUAUUAUAGUAUGAUAUUAUACCGUAGUAAAAAAGUCAAUAAAAACAGAAUCUCUGUGUUACCAAAUCUCUAGAUUACAUCGUCAGUUUUGAAAGUCAUUUUUUACUGCAAAAUAGCUUGAAAUUAAAUAACUUAAAAGAAGACUUUCCUUCAGUUAGAAUGUUAAGAUAAAGUAAAAUUCUUCGACCGUUACACCACAAGCUAUUCAAAAAUGAAAGAAAAAAGUAAAGUAAAAAAAAAAAAAAAAAAAAAAAAAGGAGAGACGGUAACAUUUUUGAAAUAAGUUUUACUUCACAGUUUAAAGAGACUUUUAAGAGUGUCGACAGAGGUUGGAGCUCACUGUAUUAUAUUUAUAUUUUAAAAAGACGGAGGGAUAUUGAAUCCAAUGGCAUAAUGGCAACUGUUUUAACUAUAUUUUUGCCUGUGUAGGGGCUACCAGCAUAUACUGCAGCAUGUAUUGUCUGUGAUUAAUAGCGCAUUUGUAUUAUCAAAUCCAGUUUCCAUUUAUUUUUGUGUGUGUAGUUAUAAAAAACUAUUGUUUGAAGCCGUGCAAGAAACAAUCUAUACUGCAGGUUAUUUAUUUAAGCAUUCAUCGAGAUUUGUUCGCCUGUCUGAUUGUGAUGAUUAUAAUUCCAUGUGUUCAUAUUGAUAUAAUAGCUGUGCUCCUGGUCUUAUUAUGUGUGAGAUUUUGAAAAUUUUAAUUUUUGUAUGUAUAACCCAUUCAAUAUUCAGUGAAUUGCUUACCAACUUUGUGUCGUAUCUUGAAAUACAGCAUUUUUUUCAUGUAUUGAACCUUGUUACUUGCCAUAUGCAGGGGCAAUACAUUUGUGAUAUUUAUAUAUAUUAUGUAUGAUUAUAAGUCUUAACCUCAAGCUUGAAUGAGCGAAAUCUGCAAUCCUGUUGUAAAAACUUAAAAUUGUAUCUAUACAAGAAAACAGCAUGUUUAUGUUAUUUAUAUAAGGCAGGAUACUGGUGUUCUAGAAAAUCGGAAUUCUAAUUAGGUGGCAAAGUUUUCAGGUGUUGCUGUGUCUCCGUAUUUGGCAAUAGUGUGAUUUUGUAAAGUGUGCUUUAAAAGGAUGGCUGUGUUUCUUGUAUACAUACAAUUAGAAAGUUUUGUUGUUACAGUAGUAUUAAGUGCAAUGAAUUCCAAAUGCUGAGCUUGUGUUCAUACCAAUGCAUUUUGUGCCAUUUCCUCUGGACUAGCACGAUGGGGGAGUCUCAGUUUAUACAGUACUGCUAUGAAAAACUGAGGCAAAUGAUCCUGUCGUGUGAAUUUGAUGUGCCUUGUAUCUAAGACAAAGAAUGAACAGUAACUGAAAGUCUAAAAUAACAACCAAAAAAAUGCAAAUUUGUUAACUAUAUACUGCUGUUUAAAUUUCUUGUUGGCAGGGGACCAUUUAAUAAGAAGUGUGUCCGAAAGCAGAUACAGCUGAAAAACUGCUUACAGCUUCAGUUAAAUAAAAAUUCAGGUGUUGACUCACUGCUUUCUUUGUAUAGUAUUGAAAGUAUUAAAUACUUAUUGUUUUUAGUAUAUUGUACAAAAAGAUUUUUAUGUUGAACUAUUUCAUCAGAUUAAAAUGUAUAGAGUGGCUGCAGAUUUUGCUCAUUUUUGAGCGGAGGUAUUGAAAUUACUCUAUGUCAAAUCUUGUCAUAAUAUAGUGAAUAGUUGACUAGCAACUUGUUCAUAGUUGAUUGAUGGGGAUAAGUUGUGGAUUUCACAACGGUAUUGGUUCAUGUACAGUUUCUCAGUCUAGUGAUUAAUAUAUUUUGUGUUGUCAAAUAUUAUUAUUAUUAUUAAUUAUUAUUAUGUGAAACAUUCUCAUUUAGUAUGAAGAUUAAUGAAUUUGUGAUGCAUUAUUAAAUGUUUUAUAGUCUGGUCUUGCAAUGCAGUAAGAAACUGGUAGCAUAAAAGCCAUUUCUAGGAAUAUGUCUUUAUCACAGUUUUAUACAUUUUAUAUGAACUACGCUUUUUUUUUGUGUGUAAAUUUAUAAAUCUGCAGGCUAAUCAUUGUUAUGAAUGGUGAUGGUUUUAACUUGUUUCAUUAUUUUAACAAGUUUGGGUUGUUGAGAUUUUUGUAUUGAGACAAUGCCUGUCUUUUACUUUUUGUAAGCAACAAAAAGGUUCAGUUUUAAGGGUAAGUGAGUAAGCCUAGUGUGGGAGAAAAAAAAUGUGUAAAAUUCUCUGGUUUCGUACUGCAUUGCAAGUUACCUGAACGCUAGUGUAUCAUGCAAACUGUGAUUAAACAAACCUUCGACUGGACUGUGCUACACUCAGCUAUUCUAAUCAAACGAAAGAUUUGUAACCACAGAUAUUUGUUCGGAGUGUUUGAAGUUCAUACAUUACUUCCAAGAGUUUACCAUCCUACAGCACUAACCAGCUGCAUUUACUGCAGGAACAAUAUCAGGGUAAUAGUAUAUUUUGCACAGAAGGGAAAUUUUGUGGUUUAUAGCGGCAGAAAUACUUGAAUAUCACAGCUUGGUAAAUAUUUAUCUUGGAAACACAGAAAAUUGGCAGAUAAUUUAUAAGAAAUUCCAUUCAGAGAAAUAACAUUUAUAUUGGAGGCGCACCUUGGCAGUUUACUACCUUUUCAAAAUGAGACAAUCUUAAAUUUAGAAGACAAAAAAAUUUGAAACCUUUACAUACUGAAUAUGAAAAACAGCAUAAAGUUUUUUCGGGGAGAAAGAGUGUAGUGGUUAGUGCUGAAGGAAAGUUGACUUGUGUACACAACUGAAGUGAUAGAUGUAUAGAUUUGAUAUUGUUAACAACAGAUAGAGAUUUGUUCUGUUAGCCAAACAUAUUUUUCUUCAGUUUUUAACAUUCCUUCAAUAUAUCUUCAUAGAUUGUUGUUUUGUUAUCAUAAAAUAGUCUUACACAGUUUGUGUAUUCAUAGUACUGUUUAGUUUUGAAUUUUUAUUUUCUGACAGCAUAUCAGUUUUUGAUACAUAAGACACUAUGUAUGAACGAUGAAGAGUUGUGGAUUUUAUAUUACAAAGGUUUCUGUACAAUCUUCUAGAUGUAUUGAAGUAAAUGAUUUCAUUCAUGGAUUGGGCAGAAAAGAGUAGGAAUUUGGGCAGCAAUUUGAUCCGUUGUGUUAAAUAAGUGAUACAGAAGUAGGACAUGACAUGUAUAUUGUGCUCGUAGAAUCGCUUUGGACUUGUAUUAUGAAUAAAUCUUUACCUCAUCAA